UUGAGUGAGUGGUUUGAAUCAGUGACUGAUUCUACUGAUUUAAGCUCUUUAGAUUCACGUUUAUAGUCAGUCUUUUCAGACUCUUAGAAGUUUAGACGAAUUGUGUCCACGUUUACCAGUAUAAUCUCAUUUUCUCAUAAUCAAACAAGAUGCCCAAGCCAUCUGUGCUGUUCACUGAACGCAGUGAGUCUGAGCGCGAGCCUGUCGCUCGAGCCGCCUGGGCUUCGAAAACACCGAGCUUCGAAAGUAUCGAUCUGAACGAUGAAAUAAAGGACACGAUGGAGAACAACAGCCCAGCAGAUAAAGCUUCCAAAGGGAAGAAGGGGAAAGCCGUGCGUGUGUUCUUCUGGAAGCUGUGCAAGGCUGUGAAGCGGCCGUUCGUCUGCUACGGGCCGGACAGAGUGGUGCGUCUCACAGCACAGAGGGACGCUCAUCUGGACGAUCCCGAGGUGACGCCUGUCCCAGGUCCCAUGGUUGCCGUGGAUCCUGCUGUUCCUGAGCUGCUGUGUCUGCCGGGUCAGGUGUGUGACGGUCCGGAGCCGCUGUCGUGUGUGCCAUGCUCCUCUGGGAUCAUCGAGCAAACGCAGGAUCCCGAGCCGCUUGUUCCAGAUUCAUCCGCUCUGAAUCUGUGUCACAAAAAAGCUAAGAAAGGAAGGAAGAGGAAAGCGGUCCGUGUCUUCUUCCGGAGAGCAUGUGAGGCUGUGAAGCAGCUCUUCCCCUGCUGCGACCCGGACAGAGUCCAGCCUCCUAAAGCAGAGCCGGAUCCGGACCGACCCCAGCUCGUUCCUGAGCUGCUGUUUCUGCCGGAGCAGGACCAGGUCUCUGCAGAUCUCCAGUCGUCUCCUGAAGAAGAAGGUCCCUUUGAGAUCCAGCAAGAGGCCCACGAUGCAGUUCUGCCUGCUUCAGUUCCCGGUUCAGUGUCUGGUUCAGUUCCCGGUUCAGUGUCCGCUUCAGUGUCCGGUUCAGUGCUGUCGAUUGUGUCUGAAACAGCACUGGACACAGUGUCGCCUGAUCCAGAAAUCGAACGGCCUCAAGGAUCCGUCGUGUCUUUGUUUGAAGUGGGACAUCUGAUCGCAUCAGGGAGCUUCAGCAAGGUCUAUGAGGGAACACACAUAUUCAGCGACAAAGUGAAGGUUGCUCUGAAGUGUGUCCCCAAGCGCAGAGCGGACCGCUAUCUUUACAUUCCUGGUCACUCCAAACCUGUGCUUGCUGAAGCGGCUCUGAUGCUGCGGCUGGGAGAAGCGCCCUCGUGCCCCAACAUCAUGGAGCUACACCAGUGGCUGGAGGACGAGAGCAGCUUCACUCUCAUUAUGGAGUACCCUGAACCCUGCAGGACCUUGGAGGAUUACAUCUUGUUCUCCGGCCCCAUCAGUGAAGCACAAGCACGCUUGUUCAUGCUUCAGGUGCUUCAAGCGGUCAAACACUGCCAUGAGCGUGGAGUUUAUCACGGUGAUAUCCGCUCGAGGAACAUCCUGGUGACUCUCCACAGUCUGGAGCUCAAGCUCAUCGACUUCCGCUGCGCUCGUCUGAUCAGCAGCGAGGGCUUUAACAGCAGCCAAUACCAAGGAUCAGACGCAUACACCCCGCCUGAGGUCCUCGGCCAGUCCAUAUUCCACGCCGCAGCAGCAGACGUCUGGGCGCUGGCGGUUCUGCUCUUUGAGAUCAUUCACAGAUAUCUGCCCUUCGAAAGCUUUGAUGCCAUUCAGCACGGCUACCUCAGGAUGGGUCCCACCUUAUCCACAGCGUGCCAUGACCUGAUUUUCCACUGCUUGAGCCGUAAUCCAGUUCACCGGCUGACGCUCCAGCAGCUGGAGGAGCACCGCUGGAUGAAAGCCUAGACUGCAAGAAGGCCGGGAUCUCGAUGUGCAUCAGACAGAGCAGAGCGGAGGAGUUUAAUGAGUGACCGGCGGCGUCUCGAGGAGUCUCAGGAGAUGCGGCGAGACUCUGGAGCUGCAGGUAAAUUAACGACGGUGUUCACAUGCACAUCAGAGCAUCAGCAGACGGCAAAGCAGCGUUUGUGUUCACAUGCUCGUAUUCUGAACCCACGAACACCUGCAGCUCCGUCAGUGAUCGACCGCUCGAAACACAAAGAACCACGAGAAAUACUUCACAACGCUGCUGUCUGUAGAAAUUAGAAAGAUCAUAAGAAAUUCAUAAGUGCAUGUAAACAUAGUCACUUAAUUAGUGCUGCACAAAUUAUAAACUAUAAAAAACUAUAAUAUAAACAACUACUUAUAAUAUUCAGAAAGUAAAAGUAGUCACUAAGUGAUGCUUUAUUAGUAACAUUAAUGUAAAAAAUGUGAAACA